GUGGGCACAGGUGGGUGGCACUGGUGGGCACAGGUGGGUGGCACUGGUGGGCACAGGUGGGUGGCACUUCUGGGCACAGGUAGGUGGCACUGCAGAGUGGCACAGGUGGGUGCACUGCUGGGCACAGGUGGGGGCACUGCUGGGCACGGGUGGGCGGAGCUAGUGGGCGCACUGCUGGGCGGAACUUGCGGGUGUCACUGCUGGGCACCGAUCAUCAGGGCACUGACCAUCAGUGCCCUGAUGAUCGGUGCCGAUCCCCGCUCUGACAACUGCCGGUUCUCGGCAGUACUUUCCUCACGAUCUGACAGCGUGAGGAAAGUGCAGCCGAGAACCGGCACUUGC